AUGGCUACUUUCGCGAAACCUGAGAACGCACUCAAGAGAGCUGAAGAAUUAAUCCAUGUUGGGCAAAAGCAGGCAGCCCUGCAGGCUUUACAUGAUCUCAUUACCUCGAAAAGGUACAGGUCAUGGCAGAAGCCUCUCGAAAAGAUCAUGAUGAAGUAUGUAGAACUCUGUGUAGACCUGAGGAAAGGUAGAUAUGCAAAAGAUGGUCUUAUUCAGUAUAGGAUUGUCUGCCAGCAAGUGAACGUGUCAUCUUUGGAGGAUGUCAUAAAGCACUUCAUGCAGCUUUCCAAUGAGAGAGCUGAACAAGCUAAGAGUCAGGCAGAAGCCCUGGAAGAUGCUCUGGAUGUUGAAGAUCUGGAAGCAGACAAGCGUCCCGAGGACCUCAUGCUCAGUUUUGUUAGUGGGGAGAAAGGAAAGGACCGAUCAGAUAAAGAAGUUGUAACUCCAUGGUUUAAGUUCCUCUGGGAGACAUACAGGACUGUUCUAGAGAUACUAAGGAACAAUUCAAAGCUUGAAGCGUUAUAUGCUAUGACUGCUCAUAGGGCAUUUCAAUUCUGCAAACAGUAUAAGAGAACAACUGAAUUCUGUAGGUUGUGUGAGAUUAUCAGAAAUCAUCUUGCUAAUCUCAACAAAUAUCGUGAUCAAAGAGAUCGUCCUGAUCUGACUGCACCUGAAAGUUUACAACUGUAUCUUGAUACACGUGUUGAGCAGCUUAAAGUUGCUACAGAGCUUUCCCUUUCGCAGGAAGCCUUCCGAUCGGUGGAAGAUAUCCAUGGUUUGAUGAGCAUGGUGAAGAAAAUGCCAAAACCUUCUAUCUUGGUGGUGUAUUAUGCAAAGUUGACUGAAAUCUUCUGGAUAUCUGGCAGCCACCUUUAUCAUGCGUAUGCGUGGCUCAAGCUUUUCAACUUGCAAAAGAGCUACAAUAAAAACUUGUCUCAGAAGGACCUACAAUUAAUAGCAUCUUCCGUCUUACUUGCUGCACUAUCUGUGGCACCUUAUGACCAAAAAUAUGGUGCAUCUCAUCUUGAGACAGAGAAUGAGAAGGAGCGUAGCAUGCGGAUGGCCAACCUUGUUAACUUCUCGCUUGAUUCCAAGCGUGAAAAUAGGGAAAUGGCCUCCAAAGGAGUCCUUUCAUGUGCUUCCCAAGAAGUGCGAGAUUUGUACAACCUUUUGGAACAUGAAUUUCUGCCUCUGGACCUUGCAUCAAAAGUGCAGCCACUUCUUUCGAAGAUUUCAAAGAUUGGAAGGAAGCUUUCAUCAGCUUCUUCUGUUCCAGAGGUUAAGCUGUCUCAGUACAUUUCAGCAUUGGAGAAGCUGACAACAUUGAGAGGGCUACAACAGGCCUCUUGUAUUUUCCAGUCCAUGAAGAUUGAUAUGCUCUCAAGAAUGAUUCCUUUCUUUGACUUUUCUGUUGUGGAGAAGAUUUCUGUUGAUGCUGUGAAACGCAAUUUUGUUGCUAUAAAAGUUAAUCAUUUAUCAGGAGCUGUUCAUUUUGGUACUGUGGACAUAGAAUCUGAUGGCUUAAGUGAUCACCUUAGUGUUCUUGCUGAUUCAUUAAAUAAAGCGAGGAUUCAUAUUUGUCCACCAGUGAAAACGCCGUCUAAACUCGGUGAAAGUCUCAUUAGUUUGGCUGGAAUAGUGGAGAACGAACAUAAGAGGCUUCUUGCAAGAAAGUCCAUCAUUGAAAAAUGCAAAGAAGAGCUUGAGCGUCAAAUAUUGGAGAAGGAAAAAGAAGAAGAAAAAAAGAGAAUGAGCAGUCAAAAGAAAACCGCGGAUGAGGAAAGGGUGAGGCUUCUCAAUGAACAGAAGCAGAGGGAGCAGGACCGGAUUCGUAGAGAGAUAGAGGAAAAAAAUAAAGCAGAAGCAAAAAAGUUGCUAGAAGACUUGAAGAAGGCAGGGAAAAAACAUGUCGUUGUUGAAGGGGAGCUUACUAAGGAGGCCAUCAUGGAAUUGGCACGGAAUGAACAGUUGAAGGAGCGCCAGGAAAUGGAGAAAAAACUGCAGAAGUUUGCAAAAACAAUGGAUUAUCUGGAAAGGGCAAAAAGGCAGGAAGAGGCACCACUGAUUGAGCAAGCUUUCCAAAAACGUCUCGAUGAAGAGAAGAUCCUUCACGAGCAAGAGCAGCUUCGGGAGAUUGAACUCAGCAAGCAACACCAUGUUGGCGACUUGCAAGAGAAAAAUAGACUUUCUCGAAUGUUGGAACACAAGGUUAACGCGUUCCAGGAGAGAAUUGUCCAACGUCGUGAAGCUGAGUUUGGUCGUCUAAAGAGAGAGAGAGAUGAACGGAUCAGUCAGUUGAUAUCAUCAAGAAAGCGUGAAAGGGAGACAGCAGCCCUGCAGGCUUUACAUGAUCUCAUUACCUCGAAAAGGUACAGGGCAUGGCAGAAGCCUCUCGAAAAGAUCAUGAUGAAAUCGCCGACCACCGCUUGGGGGGACACCCUCCAUGCUUCUGCGCUCCGCGCCACGCCGCCUGCACCUACUUCGCCCGCACCACCUCCGGCUCCUCUCCGCUGCCGCGCUCACCGCCGCGGUCCCGGCCCUGCCCCAGUCCCCAACCGAGUGGGCGGAGGCUCCACUUCCGCCGACGCCUCGCUCUUCCACGUCUCCCUCGACCUCUCCGCGCACCGGGGGCUCCUCGCCUCCCACGCCACCGCCGGCCAGUUCCUCCCAUUCCGCCUCCCCGCGUCGCCCUACCCCAUCUUCCUCGCCAUCGCAUCCCCUCCUCCACCACCCGCCCCCGAGGCCUUAGCCGCCGUAGCCGGGCCAGCCUCCUGCUUCGAAUUCCUUGUAAAGCGCCUCCCGGGAACACCCUCCGCGCGCCUCUGUGAUCUCCGCCCCGGCGACCUCGUCCAUGUUGGCGCCAGCGUCGUCGGCCGCGGAUUUGACGUCGCCAGGAUAGCCGACGCCAGCGACGUUCUCGUCUUCGCCACCGGAUCCGGGAUCAGCCCUAUACGGUCACUUAUUGAGUCAGGUUUUGCUGAAAACAAAAAAGUUGAUGUAAGCCUCUUUUAUGGGGCUAGAAAUCUUCAGAGGAUGGCAUAUCAGGAAAGGUUUGAUGACUGGGAAUCCAGAGGAGUUAAAAUUGUACCUGUCCUCUCAAGACCAGAUGGUCAAUGGACAGGGGAGCGAGGUUAUGUCCAGAAUGUGUUCUCAAGGAUGAAGAAUAUUGUAAACCCUUCAUCAGCGGGAGCAAUUUUGUGUGGGCAUAAACAGAUGACUGAGACACUCAAUGUAACUGUUAUACACAAGUUGGUAGCACCUUACCGUCAUUGGCAACCCAUAAAAUAG